AUGGAGUGUCUUGCAGCGGGCAGACAGUCCUUCCGAAGAGUAAAAGUCGGCUACCACCCUUCGUCAUAUCGACCGGUCUAUUCCUUGACCCCGAAUCGAAAAUAUGCCCUGAUUUUUACACCUCGGCGCAUGGCCCAUAGCCGAACCGACACUCAUACCCAUGGUUCCUCCAAAGAAGCCACCGACGACUCUCAAGCAUAUCCUCUAUCAGGGUACUACUCUUUGAUCUUGAAACAUUCGCCAUAUCGCGGCGGGGCACCGACUGCGCGACCUACCACCGCUCAACCCGAGGACAAACCGGCGCCGACAAACAUGAGCGAAGCGAAAACCCCCCAGGAGAAAAUGUCCAUUGUAUUCGGCACACGCCUGGCUGGUCCUGGUCGUCAAUCUAGAUACAACCCAGGCGAGCUUCCGCCAGAACACCAGUGGCACACCAUCAAUGGAGUGCCCAUCCCGCCCCGGCCCGAAGAACCCGAGAAUUGUUGCAUGAGCGGCUGUGUACAUUGCGUCUGGGAUGAUUUCCGAGAUGAGAUGGAAGAAUGGGCUGCUAGAGCUGCAAAGGCUAAGGCCAAGGGCAGCUCGGAGAAGGGAACUAAGGACAUGCGCACCGAACCUCGAGCCGAGGUUGAUUCGGCCAGUCAAAGCAUGGAUGAUGAUGGUGGUGGCAGUGACACCAAUUGGCCCGCACCAAGUCAAGAUGAGGAUCUGUUUGCCAAUAUUCCAGUUGGGAUCCGAGAGUUCAUGAAAACUGAGAAGAGGCUGAAGCAGCAGAAGCACACGACCGUUUAG